AUGCUCGUCGCGAUGCCGGCGCUGCUCCUGCUCCUGCACGUCGCGGUCGGCCGCGCGCUCCCGAGGACGUCGACGGCGCGCUACUCGUCGAAGAUCCCGCCGCCGGUGCUCCGGCUCCUCCCGCGCCACGUGAUCUACUUGGUCGACCACCCGUCGCUGGCCGUGUCGCUCGGCAUGGUCGUCGCCGGUCUGCUAAUAAUCUUCCUCGUCACCUGGGCCAGGUUCGUCUACCGCAUCCUGCGGUCGACGCUCGUCGCCUACGUCCUCGCGAGCUCGGGCUACGGCGCCUGGGCGGGCUACCGCUCCGCGCCGGGCUCGACGACGCACUACCGGCUCGCGCUCGCGCUCGCCGGCGCGCGGCGGCCCGUCGCGCAGCUCCUGCGCUACCUCGCGUCGCCGAUCACGUCCUUCGUCGCCCACACGCGGCUCGUGCUCGCGCCGCUGCUGCGGGCGCUCGCGAUCCAGUCCCGGGUCAUCGGCGUGCUGCUCGCCCAGGGCUACUGGGUCUUGGGCCUGACGAAGCACUUCGCGGAGUCGACGGUCGUCCUCAUCGGCCUGCUCACGGUCGCGGUCGUCGCGCUCUGCGACGCGAAGCUCGAGCUCGCCGCGGCCAGGCGCGAGCUCCGGGAGAACGACUUGAAGGAAGUUAGUAAGGCGGGUUGA